CCGUUUUAAAGGUAAUGAACUUUCAACUUUUUUUUUUUGUAUUUGUCAACUAUAUUUGAAGAGAAGACUUAACACACAUUAAUCACGAAGGGAUCAGAAUGGCACGUACAAUUUCGACAGCUUGGCUUCUUGUUUUCAUCAUUUUACUGGCGGAAUCACACCAGGAAGUGUUUCUAUCACCCAGAGAUGCAAAUGCUGUACUUAGAAGACAAAGGCAUGCCAAUAUAAUGCAUGUGGAGGAGAUGAUUGAAGGUAAUUUGGAAAGAGAGUGUUGGGAAGAAAGAUGCAGCUAUGAAGAAGCAAGGGAAGCGAUAGAGAACAGCGAGAAAACAGACAUAUUUUGGGCAAGUUACUAUGGGGGCAGGCAGUGUCUUUCAUUUCCUUGCCUGAACCAAGCAACAUGUGAGGAUACUAUUCGUAGUUUCAACUGUACUUGUGCAGAAGGCUUUGAAGGCAGAAACUGUGAAUAUGGUAAAAAUGAGUGUCACCCACAAAUGACAGAUGGAUGUCAGCACUUCUGUACUACAGGGACAGAUCAAUAUAUAUGUUCAUGUGCACAAGGUUAUGAACUUGGUCAAGAUAACAAAUCAUGCAUUCCAAAAGCCCCGUAUGCUUGUGGGAGGCGUUUGGCGUGGGAGAAAAACUCAAUCAAAAUGACUGUGGACCAACACAACACUUCCAGUGGAGAAUUCCCUUGGCAGGUUCUUUUGGCAAAUGGCAAUAACCAAAGUUUCUGUAGUGGAGUGAUUCUUAAUCAUCAUUACAUACUCACGACAGCUUGGUGUGUAAAUGUGCUUAGUCCUGACAAAGUUAUUAUAGGAAACCAUGGAAUCCAUGACAUUUAUCUUGAUGAAGACACAUAUGCUAUAGAACAGAUAACCACAUAUCCACGAUAUUCUGAAGAGAAUCUUGAAAAUGAUAUAGCACUGCUGAAGACGAGACAGCCAAUUAAAUUCAGUGACUAUGUUCUCCCCAUAUGCAUCCCCGAAAAAGACUUUGCAGAACACAUUUUAAUUCCACAGGGUUUAAGCAAAGUCAGUGGCUGGAAGCUUAUUGAAGGCAAAGCAAAAGGCUCAUUAAUGCAAUUCCGACUUUUCUUUGGUUUGUCUGAUAACUGUGGAAAAAUAUGUAAUUUCACUAUUUCAAACAGAAGACUUUGUAUGGCUGCAGUCGCAGCUGUAGGCUGUGAGCUCACAAACGGAAGCCCUUUGGUAACAUACCACAAGGGCACAUGGUUUCUGACAGGUAUUCUUAGUUUCCUGCCAGAGGAAUCCAGAUGUUCAGAAGGAUUAAGCUUUAUUAAAUUAUCUAAGUACAUAACAUGGAUUAAUCGACUAAUGCACUAUAGUGAACAUAUGAAUUAGUGCACGUUAAAAAAAUGCUGUACAAAAAAGUCAUGACUGUUAAGGAAGUAUUCAUUAUUCAUGACAAUGUACUUGCCUUUUUAUAUAAAAGAACACAUGAUAAAUAUUAGCAUCCUUAACUGAAAAUAGAAGGAUCUGUACAACUUUUUUAUUGAAUGCGAUGUAAACCAGGUACACUGCAUUGCACACACGCUGCCUAGUAUCUCAAUGUCUAACUGUAUAUAUGAAUACCUUGUUUUAUACUUAUAUUUGUCAAUUAUCUGUAAAUGCUUGUGUGUAUAUAUGAGAGAGAGAGAGAGAGUGAUGUGUAUACAGUGGAACAAAAGAAAGGUGAUGGUAUUCAACUUUCAUAAAAUGAAAAUCGCACAAAUAUGGUAUGAUCAGUUUGUAAAGCAGGAGAUGUUCUUCCACUUUGUAAUGAACUAUUCACAAAACAAAACAAAGUAAACUUGCUUUUGCUAACAAUGAGAACCUCCUCUGCAUACAAUAUUUUCUACAACUAUGUAGUGUCGAUAUUAUAAUUUUACCAUGGAACACUUGAAUCCAUCAAUCUCAGCUAUGGAAUUUUCUUGUAUAGCAGAUCAUCCAUCAUAUUAUACUUAUUACGUUGCAGUGCAUGUAAUUUCUGAAACAGCAAGACAAUAAUUGUGCAGGUGUCCCUCAGGAAUGUUUGCAAUACUGAAGCAAUAAAAGCCAACAAGCAGUAAUUAGAGUGCAGUAA